UUUUUUUCUGCAGGUUGCUCAGAGACUCGUUGGCUCCAACAUGCAGGGUGACUCAAGCAGCAGACUGAGAUGUUCUCGUUAAAAGAAGAGACUGACGUUCCUAUUCCCGCGACAUCAUCAUCAUCAUCAUCAUCAUCAUCCCACACGAGUGUUGCUCCACGGUGUGCGAUGUGAUGCUCAGUCCUGCACAGUGUACGGCAGCUACAGGAGGCGUGCGUGUCGCUGCCACAGGAGCGCAGGAGGAGCACAGGAGGAGCACAGGAGGAGAUCAGGAGGAGCACAGGAGGAGAUCAGGAGGAGGACUGGAGGAGCACAGGAGCCCAGGAGGAGCGCAGGAACACAGGAGGAGCGCAGGAACACAGGAGGAGGACAGUAGGAGGACUGGAGCAGACGCUGUAGUAGCCUUUUUACUGGACACUUGACACACCGUGAAAGAGGACGCCUUUUUGGAGGUGCUCUGCCCCCCCCCGCCUCCCACUAUCUCGAACCAUGGCAUCAACGCGUUGAUGCUCUCUGAGUGAUGCAGUCUCUGUUCGGCGGAAGGGAGCUGGGGCUGCUGGGAGGGGGCGGCGACGCCGGCGGCCUGAAGGAGGAUGGCUGCGGCAGCGUGGCGUGGCACUCCUCCACGCUGCCCGCCGACGACGUCUACUCGGCCUCGCACUUUGCCCUCAUCACGGCCUAUCAGGACAUCAAGACGCGGCUGGCCUGCCUGGAGCGGGAGAACACCAGCAUCAAGAGGAAGCUCAAGAUCUAUGAGAUCAAGUUCCCGAUGAUCAGCGAGUUCGGGGACAACACGAACUCCUACUGCUCCUUCGAGAGCAAAGAGACGGCGCUGCUGCACUCAGAAAAUGGCAACCUGCAGCAGAGAGUCAACGUCCUGACCCAUGAGCUCCAGAAGAGGAAGGAGCGAGAGGAGCAGCUGGAGGAUGUGAUCCAGGCCUACGAGAAGAUUCACAUGGAGAAGAGCAACCUCCAGAGGGAUCUGGACAAGAUGACGAGCCUGGUGGAGAAGCACGUGGAGCGGAUCCUGGGCCUGGAGUCGGCUCUGAGGCAGAGGGACAGCUCGCUGCAGAAACUCAACAUGCAGCUGCACAGCAAAGACAUGCAGUACCUGCAGCUGCACGCGGGGCCCGACGCACACAUGUUGGAUUGUCCGGCCAUGACCCUGCAGAGCUCCCGUAGCCUGGACGCUCUCUCCGAUCUGAAGCUGCAGCGGCUGGAGGCGGAGCUGGAGGGGGCGCGGCACGAGGCCCAGGGGGCGUGUCGGCGUCAGGAGGAGCUGAAGGGGGAGUGUGAGAGGCUGAAGGAGGAGAUGAGGAUGCUGCAGAACAACCACAGGGAACGGGAAAUGACUUCUCCGUGCAAGCAGUGUGAUGUGGAGUGGAUAAAGAAGGUGGGAGACGAGCAGGUGAACUUGGCUCUGGCCUACACGGAGCUGACAGAGGAGCUGGGACGCCUCCAGGCUCUGAGCUCCAAGCAGACGGAGAUCCUGAGGAAGGCUUCACAGGAGCAGGCCAGUCCAGUCCAGCGUCACUCGCCCAUCCACCACCAGCGUCACUCUCCGGUGUCUCAGCGCCACUCGCCCAUCUCACAGCGCCACUCUCCUGUCCCACCCCAACCGCACCACUCCCCGAUUCAACCGAGACGCUCCCCGUCGCUGCAGCGCCUCUCCCCGGACAUGCACCGCCGCUCCCCCCUGCUGGACAUCAACAACGGGCCGGCCUCGUACUCCUGCCGACCGCCCAGCCAGCACCUGAGGGCCAGCUUCCAAGGCCGCCGCAGUUACUCGGAGGUCGCCGACCCCUCUGCCUACCAGUGCCCGCCCCGCUUCUCUCUGGACCCCGUCUCCACCCUGCCUAAGCCUCGCCCUUACAUCGACGGCUACUCAAAACAGCCGACGCAGCACAUGGGCUCUCCUCAUGGCGGACUGCAGCACAGAGGCUCGCCGUCCUCCCACCAAGGAGGCGGAGGAGGAGACGGGGGCCACGGGGAAAGCUCCAUGCGCCACUCCAGGGAAAUGCCAUUCCCGCUCUCUGAGGUAGCCCACCUGCAUUUUGAACCCCCUCCUCCUUCCACACCGGCCCCCCAGCCCCCACAGUCCUCAGAAGACGAGGAGGAGUGGACCUGCCCGCAUCCCAUCAGCCCACCGCGGACACUGGGCGUGCUGUCUUCUGCGGUGCCCAGUGGUGUCAUGAGAGGCCCGGCGUCCUGCUCGGCCUUCCCCAUCCCUCAGCGGUCCAACACGCUCAGCUGCCACCCGCAGCCCGGGUACUUGUCAGCGGAGCACGCUCAGUCCUGGCCUUCUAUCAAUCUCUGGAUGGAGACCGAGGAGAGCGACAUGCGGAGCUGCCCCCUCUGCCAGCUGAUAUUCCCCGUCGGUUACCCUGAUGACGCACUCAUCAAGCACAUUGACUCCCACCUGGAGAACAGCAAGAUCUGAUCGCCAUGGCAACCAGCCCGCACACAUCUGCGCUCUCCUCUUAUAGAUUAUGUAAGAGACAUGGGCAGAGCCGGACCGAUGGAAGAGAAGUCACAACUAAGAGAAUCACGGUGGCGAUGAUCCAUUUGAGGAGGGAACACGCUACAAAAAUCUGUCCGUAGGGAUGCAAAAUGUGCGCAGUUAUUUUUUGGGCAGCUCUAAAACACGAUCGUUUUUUUGUGAGGAAGGGUCCUUUAUUGAAAGCUUUGCCUGUAUAAUGACCGGCUCUGGUUGCUGCUGUUUUGUUACGAGUCUUGUUGUGUGGUUUCAGGCAGUUUCAGGUGUCGUGUUGUUUUCCGCUUCACAGUGUAAGUUUGUACACUUUGAUUUAGCAAAGUAAGCCAAAGACGAGGAGCGAGAGGCAAGCGGGACGGUUCAGGGGCUCUGCAUGUCAAAGAGUUAUUUUCAGUGUUACGGUUAAUGAUCAGGGACAACUGAGGCGUGUUUCUUUCCCCCACACUGCUUUAAACACUGUACACACAUUGGACAAUUUUUUUAUUUUCACAAAUUACAAGAUUUUGAAGAAGGAUUCUUCUCGUCAUCUGGUGGAAAGUGGCUUCUUAAAAUAAACGGAUGGAUUUACAUUUUGUUAAACAUUUUGAUACUGAAGUUUUAGAAGAUUGACAUUAGCCCUUUUCACGCGCGCACUCCUGGAAAUUUCAGGAACGUGUCGGAACGGUCUGCCCCUGAAAUCUUCCUGAGUUGCUCUUUCACAGCGGGACAUUUUCCCUGUCGGACCCGAACGAGGGGAGGGGGUUUCAGGAGGCAGGACAUGAGGAUGACAAGGAAAUGGCAACAUAGUCCAAAGCUAACAAAAGCUGUCCAAGACUGUCCGAGCUACUGUGAAUGCACAGGAUACCCACAAGACUGGAGAGGAACAUACUGUUGACCAGAAAAGAGUAUGAAGCAGUUUCCUUACAUGCACGAGGAUUGCACCGGAUGCAUCAACCCCGACAGCUAGAGAGCAGCCGGGUUGAUCUGACUGCAAGUGCGAAAGUCCAGAUGAGAUCAGGGUGUAAAAUGUUCGCCGGAUGCGUUCAAGCUCACCCCAAAGUUUUGAGGAGUUUUGUGCAGGUGUGAAAGGGGCUAGCCUGGCUGACGGCUUAUUGAUCAGGGUGUGAUGCUAAUUCACUUUCACUUCUUUGAAACAAGAAAGCAUGUUUUCAUGGUAGUUGAGAAAGAAUAAAACAUUCCAGUUUCACAUCUUAUCAUCUUUACACAAACCGACCGACAAGCUGGGGAACAUGAAUGUGAAAGUAUGUGUGGAGGAGCGUGACGGCAGUUUUACACCAGACUGAGUCAUGAUGAUGCCCUGCAGGGCGGGGCACUGAUGUUGAUACAUCUUCUUACAAGUGGAGAAAACUUUUUUUUUUGCUCCGAAUAUACCUUUUGCUUGCAGCCUGUUGAAAAAAAAAUCUAAGUAUCUUAGCACUUUACGUUAGCAUAGCCUAUAAAAUGUAUCCGUUUUCAGUCCCCAUAUAUAUUUUCCUUGAUUAUUUACUAUUUAUAUUGUCAAUCUGUAAGGCAAAAAAAUAUGGAGAUAUAUUUUUGCAAAUGUAAACACUCAACAUGUCUCAUGUUGGUUUUUCUCCCGUGUGCUUGUACACUGAUGUAUAUAAAGGAGUUAUGGAGAUAUAAAUCCCAUCACAUGGGAUUGUUUUCUGUACAAAGACUUUAGUUUCUCUCCUGGGAUUCCACUCGCUCUUCCUAAAGAUCUGACUUUUCAAACAGUUUGAUGUCACGACUGCCCAGACCACCCAACAAAAAACAGCAACAUAAGGAUACACACAACCGGCCGCAGGAGAUGAAGAUUUCUGGACUGCUCUGAGGAGGAAGCUGCAGGCUUUAAGUGUAUUUCUAUAUUGGAGAUCUGACACCAGGAACAUAAUCUCCAAUCAGCAAAGUUAUCUCUGCAGGGUUUCAGCAAAGACAAUUCUCCUCUUUUGAUACUUGGGUUCAGUUUUUAUCAAAGUCUUAUCUCCAGAUCCGCUUGUGAAACUUUUUUUUGAAAGAGAAACACAAAAACAAAGUUACACUGAUGUCAGCUCACUUAGGGUUUCAGUUACAUGUGCAGUUUCUAAUGUCGGGGACGUCCACACACCCAUGCAUUUACACCGGUUUGAAGUUACUGAGGAAAUGAAACAAGGUAAAUGAGAGCACAUAGCGUGAUGAUUGCCACUGCAGGAUGAUGUAGGAUAUAAUGUAAGGUAUGCAUCACCUAACUUCUACCCACCUGAAGCACUCUGGAUCAAAACUCUGAGUCCAAACACUCUGCGGAGGCUCUGGGGAUACAAGUUUCCUUUGAUAGGUGAAAAGAAAGUGAGUUUUUCAGGGCGUCAAGACGGUAUAUUAUGAAGGGAUAACUCUGGUUUAUUACUAUUUGGACAUUAUUUUAGUGGAUAUGGAGACUGUGGAGACUUGUUUUUUAUGUUGUGAUAACAUUGUACUCACCUGGUUAAUGACUGAGAUCUGAGAAAGCGCUAAACAUCACUCAAAUUGAUGCAGAACUGCUGCUGCUAGCAUGCUAACGGCUAACCUAGUUAACCAGGCACUCCUAGCAGUUCUCUAUUUUCUUUAAUAUUAAUAUAAUGCUGCUAAAGUUUUUUUUUUUUUUUUUUACUUCUUUUCAACAUUCAAGAAAAAAGUUUUAGAACAUGAAAAGUAUGGGCAUUGUCACAUCUAAUUAAAGUGCAACUGAUGCCAUGUAGCCUUUAUCCUGUAGGACCUGUAGCCAUGGCUAAUUUGCAGUCCUUGUACCUGGUUAGGAUUUGAGGAAAUAACACACAUAAUACAACAACACUGUAAAAUAGACAUUAACACUGAUUGUUGUGUUAGCAUGCUAAUGUUAGCACACUUUGGUUAGCGCAUAGCUUCAUGUUGCACAUAAAUUGACACAGAAUGACCACGAUCUAAAGACACUAUGUGACAUCCAAAUAAUCAGUGAGUAUGUUCUUCUUCUCUAGUCCUUGACUAAAACAACUAAAUAUACACAAGGCCGUCCCGUCCAUGUAGACACAGCCCGACAAUAGUACAGCCAGCGGAACUCGAGCUUCUCACUCAUUGUAGACAGUCACGACUCAGAGAGACAUUUACACAGCAUAUAUUUGAUUUCUGUUGUAUUUAUUUGUAAAAUGUUGCAUGUUCUUCCUUUAAAAACCAGGCACAAAGAUGAAGAAAGUGUAGAAAUCACAAGGUGUGGGUUGUGAUUUUUUUUUUUUUGCAUCGUUGACUGAUUUAAAGAAAGGUGGAUUAUUUAACGAAGAGCUCUGCCUGAUUCUGUGGGUGAUAUCUGAAAACAGUCCCUAACAUAUAAAAGAGUCGGGGGGGGGAAAACCCUGGCUGCUACUCAGAAAUUCACAAGAAAACAGGAGAAGUAAGUUAAACAGUGACAUUUUGUUGAAUUUUUUUUUUUUUUGUCUCAGUUUAACCACACUCAGAGAAUUCAGCAAUUACCUUGGUGAUUUUAAAUGUUAUUUAACCACUAAACUAAAUAAACUGGAGUUAUCCUUAAAGCUACUUCCUGGUGGAUAAUAAAGCCGUACACAAAGAUACUUGACCAUUAAAUGAAAGAGGGCUUAAUGACUCCCAAUUAUUCUACACUCUAUGUAUGUUCCUAUAUGACUCUAUGUAAAAAAAAUAUAUAUUAAAAAGUGUGUACAGACAGGUAUUUUGCAAGUAUGUCAAACUAAUGCAACAUGUACUCUACUAUCCAGCAACUUCAAAUUGGAGUGUCUGUAUAUCAGUAUAUAUAAUCCUUGCCACCACAAACACCCUAAAUAUGAAAUAUAUGCCAGAUAUAUUCACAAAUGUUACCUAACACAGUUCCUCUUUUACUCACCGUAUAGUGGUUUGUCCUCUAGUCGACUUAUAUUCAACUACAGGACCGCCUUCAGAGAAGAAUUUAGGCUGUGAGACAGUGAACACUUACAAGCUCGUACGUAUGAGAUUAAACUAUUGUUUCCCACAAUACAACCACAAGAACACUAAAGAGGAAUGGAAAAUGAAUGCCUGUGAAUUAUUAUUAAGAGAUAUAAAGUCUCUGAUUAUGAUAUUUUCUGAUCUGAUGUUUAAUUCAGUCAAGAAAGAAAGUUAUUAAAUAUGUGCAAAGUAGACGUCUACGCCGAUGAUGUUGUAGUGUUGCAUUGAAACUAAAAAUCUAAAAUUGGAGCUUUUGAGUUGAUCUUUAAAAUUUCAAAUCUGACAGCAGUUAAGUACUUUUUUUUGUUAAGAAAAGGAAACCAACAAGUGCGUUGUUUGAAGAUUGGUACCUUUUUUUUUUUUAACCCCUUCAUCAUCUUUUUCUCACAACCAAACGCAACAGAAUAUUUCCUGUUUUGUCAGAAAACAGAGGAUAUAGUUUGUGGUUUUUCAUGAGCCUGUCAUGGAGAGGGAAGAUGCUGUGCUGUGGUAAAAGUUGCCGGGAUGUUGUUAACAACCACAAACUGUUGUCUAUGAGCUGCGACGACGAGUGAACACUCCUGGUAUGAGUUCGUGUGACGUGUGCAUGUUUAUGCUGCAACACAUCUGUGCAGAAGCUGUGCUGAGGUCCGUUGUGUAAAGUUUAGAAAAGCUACAACAGGUUUUUAAAUUAUUCUUUGCUUUUUGUGUACAUGAGGCUGUAAAAAUCAAACAAAAAAAUCUGAAAUUAUCUCAUCUGUGUUUCCUUUUUUGGGUGUCUUUACAGCAGGCUCACUCUGUUUUCUCGGGACACAAAGUGAGCAAAUCCAAUCCAGUUAGAGAUUAUUUUAUCAUAAAAUUAUACUCAGAGUUACUCAGGAGACAAUGACCUGGCCGUUUCAUUUUUCUGUUACUUGUAAAGCUCCACUCUCCUACAAGUCAUUUGAGUCAGGUUGAUCUCCUGUGUACCAUGAAGCGCACACCGAGACCUCAGCACUAAUGAGCUCUCCACAACACUAAUGAGAGGUAAUGGUCUAAUCGUACUUGGUGGUACAACUCUGCUGGUAUUAAAGGACUUUACAAGUGCAACCAACAGAGGAAUAUAAAGAGUCACUUUUUCUUUCUCUCUGUCUGUAAAUAUUCCUAUAAAUAAACUGGAACUUGCACUGAAA